AUGUGACAACAGCACACGAGUUGGACGGUUAUGUGCACGCCAUUCACUUCUUGUUAAGACAAGCCACGACCGAGUCUUCUCUCUCUCUCUCUUUCUCUAUCUCUAUAACUCUCAAACCGUAUGUUCUUUCCUUCUUCUUCAAGAUUCUGAUUACAGAUCUCUAUCCCCAUGGCUUCUGGAUCUCACUGGUGCUACAGUUGCAGCCGCUUCGUCCUGAUCUCCGACUCCAUCUCCUGUCCUGAUUGCGACGGAGGCUUCCUCGAACGCCUCCACCAAACCCCCGAUUCAUUCCACCGUCAGCACCGCAGCCCCACCAGAUUCCCUACUCCUCCCACAAGCAACCGAUCUCCCAAUCCAGUCAUCGUCCUCCGCGGAUCUAACCCAUCCGAUCGAUCCCCUUUCCAGAUGUACUACGACGACGGUUCAGACUCGGGCCUCAGACCGUUACCCCAGAGCAUGACGGAGUUUCUUUUAGGCUCAGGGUUCGAUCGGUUGCUCGAUCAAAUCUCUCAGAUCGAGCUCAACAACAACAGCAAUAACUCACGUGAUCAUCCACCAGCUUCUAAAUCAGCCGUCGAAGCUUUGCCGGUGAUCCAAAUCGCUCCGACUCAUCUGGAAUCGGAUUCUCAGUCUCACUGCGCUGUUUGCAAAGAAACGUUCCUUCUCGACUCGGCAGCUCGCGAGAUGCCGUGUAACCAUAUCUACCACCCUGACUGCAUCCUCCCCUGGCUCGCGAUUCGUAACUCCUGCCCCGUUUGCCGCCACGAGCUUCCGGCGGAGGAGGAUGAUGAUGUAGCAGCCGCUACGGUGGCGGCACGUGGGGAAGAGGAGGAGGAGGAGGCGGGGAUGACGAUUUGGAGGUUGCCGGGUGGAGGAUUCGCUGUGGGGAGGAUUCCCGGUGGAUGGAGAGGUGGAAUGCCGGUGGUGUACACGGAGGUUGACGGUGGAAGACUCGGCGAAGAGAGGCUUCCGAGAAGGGUAGCUAGAAGAGGAGGAAGUAGUGGAGAGAGAUCGGGUGGGUUUGCGGGUCGGAUCAUGAGACUCUUCGGAUGUUUCAGCGGUUCAUCGUCAUCAGGGUCCGGGUCAAGUUCACAGGGAACACGUAGGAGCAGGUCGUCGUUUGCUCUGUUUAGGACAGCUUCUUCAAGGAGACGACAUUGGCUAGCUUCAUAAAGGAAACACAACAUGAUGGUUCCUUUCUUGUAAGAUUUUUUUCGUGUAAUGAUUAUAUCUCUAUGCGAGUAAAAUUGAUACAAAAGUUUUUAGGUCAAGUGAGAUUGAUAGAGUUGAAUUUUUUUGGUGAAUAUUUGAACGUUCUUUCAUAGGGAAAGAACAAUGGUUCGUGGCCCUAACCU